GGAACACACACAUCAGAUAUAAACAGAAUUUACACAGCAGGGUAAAUUAUAACUUGUAUACGACAAUCAAUCUUGGUUGAAAUCGAACCCAUGCUUAAGUUUAAAUCCCAUUGCUUUCUCUCUCAGCGCCCCCUUCUUUUACCCUCUUUCUCUCCCAUCAGGCCUUCUCCCCCUCGUCAAGCUCACUUCCCACUUGCCCAAUUUUCAGAUACCCAUCAUUUUAAAUUCUCUUCAAUUAAGAGGUGGAAAGUUUCGUGCUUUAGGCGUGAAGAAUCUCCUUUAGAGAUCUCAAAGCAUGAAUUUGUUGACGAUAUUCUCCAUGAAGAUGCUCUGGAGUCUGAGUUUACAAAACCAAGUAGUUCAAAAGGAGAUCUGGUUUCAAAUCUUAGAGAGGCUGUAGAUGCGGUACGUGGAACUAUUAACAAACCGUGGACUGUACCAUGGACUGUAGAGACCAUCUUGCAGGUUACACUUCUUUGGAUGACUGCAUUCUGGUUUGUGGGUCAUUGGUUGGUUCCGACAGGAGCAUGGAUGAUGGGCUACAACAAUGUAACUUUAACAUAUCGAGGUCAAGCAUUCCUGAGUCUUUUAAUAGAUGUAAUUGAAGGUUUUGCCGGAGCUGCAAUCUUACAUCACUGUCUGUCAAGGUUUCGGCCCCUUCCAUCCGAGUGGUUCAAAUUCAGUUUGAAAGGUGAUUGGCUCCUCGACGUUGUUGUUGGAUGCCUCAUGUUUCCAUUGAUUAACCGGCUAUCACAAAUCAACCUCGAUCUUUUGCCUAUCCUACCUUCAAAUUCUGUCUCAAGUAUAGAACAAUCGAUCAUUGCAAAAGAUCCCGUAGCUAUGGCAAUAUAUGCGGUGCUCCUUAUGGUGUGUGCUCCUCUAUGGGAGGAGUUGGUAUUCCGGGGUUUUCUUCUUCCAUCAUUGACCAGGUACAUGCCAAUAUGGGGCUCAAUCCUAGUAAGUUCAGUUGGAUUUGCAGUAGUCCAUUGGAAUAUAUACAGAGUGUUGCCACUCUUUCUUAUUGGGCUUAUAACGGGUGUUCUUUAUACACGGUCUAAGAACCUAUUUCCAUCAAUUGUCUUGCACAGCCUCUGGAAUUUUUUUGUUUUCGUGGAUCUAAUGAAAUGAAAUUCUUUACUCUGUAGUUUAGGGUAUAAAUCUUGUAAUCUGUCAAUCCCAUGUCGCAAGUGUCUUUUGUCCAUUACCAGGGUUCAACAAAGUGUCUUUUGUCCA